AAGUUCAGAUCUGAGUAAGCAGCAAUUGCACAACCAGACGCGAGGGGUCUGUGAGAGCAGAGCAGCUGCCAGGGCGGUGGCUAGGCGAGGCUCUGCCCUCCGAGUAGAUCUGUUCCCUAGCACUUGCCGUGCGCCGUUCCCCAGCUGCAGACAUGUCGAAGGUCCCGGUUGCACCCACGGAGACGGAGCGCUGCAUCGAGUCCCUGCUGGCCGUCUUCCAGCGCUACGCGGGGAGGAGCGACAGAGACGAAACGAAGCUCUCCAAAACGGAGUUCCUGGCCUUCAUGAACAGCGAGCUGGCCUCCUUCACCAAGAACCAGAAGGACCCGGCCAUCCUGGACCGCAUGAUGAAGAAGCUGGACUUGAACUGCGAUGGGCAGCUGGAUUUCCAGGAGUUCCUCAACCUCAUUGGAGGCAUCGCAGUGGCCUGCCACGAUGCCCUGUGUACAGGGGGUCCCGGUGGCCCCAAGGGUCCCAGCUGCCCCAAGGGUCCCAGCGGCCCCAAGAAACUGUGACCCCUUCUCCCGGUGCCCUGCACUCGCCCCACAGCAAACAUUCCACAAAGCACCUGAGCGAGACCAAGACAGAGCUGGAAACCCUCCCGACCCCGCGACUUUGUUUUAAUAAAGUGAUGGGAUGAAACUC